CGUCAGUGGGUGUCAAAAAUCUGUGCGGAGGCGGCUGACUGUGUCGGGGGCCGCUUCUUCGAUGCCGAGGGCGAUGGAGCAGGAUGCGGGGGGUGUGCUGGCCUCGGUGGUCGACGUCUACGACCUGGCCAGCGAGAUUGGCAAAGAAUUCGAGAAGCUGAUCGACGCGCACGGCGCAGAUUCGCUCACCAACAUGAUGCCCAAGGUAAUCAGCGCCCUCGAGCAGUUGGAACGACUCGCCAUGAAGAACGAGCGCGAGGACUCGACCCUGCAGGAUCUGCGAGCAAAAAUCGCCCUUCUUGAAAGUGACAAGCAGGAAAAGGCGCAAGACCGCUGCAAAUUUGAAAAGGAACUGGAGCAGAUCGAAGAGCAUUGGCGGUCCGAAUCGAGGGAUCUGGUGGCUCUGGUGGCCAAGUUGCAAGAAGAGAACCGCAGGCUGGCCGGACAGCUCAAGGAAGAGCCUCCACCUCCGUCUGCCUCUCCCGAUGGCAAUCAGAUGGAGGCCUCGUUCAUGGGCCAACUCAGGGACACGGCAGAUGUGCUCAGGGAGCAGAAUCGAUCCAAAGACCGCGACCUCAAGGCCCAGAAACAUGAUAUCGACAAUUUGCAAUCACAGUUGGAACGAUCCACAGCAGUGGCGCGAGAGCUUCGGCGAAAGCAGAAAACUUACCAAACACAGGUGCGAAGUCUUUUAGAGGAGAGAUCGGAUUUUUUGGCUCAAUUACAAGAGCAGGCUCGAGAGGUGAUGUCCUUGAGGCAGCUGCUGGGUCUGGCGCAGAAGGAGAACCAAGAUCUUACCGAGGGUCUUCCCGGAGUCCUCAACGGUUCUGCGCAGAUUCAAACGCUGUUGGCAGAGAAAAGUCGUCUGGAGGUGCAGGUGAAGCAGUUGGAAGCGCAACUGGCAGCCGCGACUGCUGCUCCAGAACCCGUCGCUGAGCCAGGGCCCUCGGACGACGGGGAAGACGCUCCUGUACAGGGACCCCUUCCGUACGAGCCGGACGACGUGCCGUGGAAACGGGCCGGAGAGUCAGGUAUCAGGAAGUUCUUCCGCAAGCUGUUCGGAGAAGCCAACCACUUGGCCUCGCCGAAACGCUCCCUCUCUGCCCUCUCUAAACUCACCCUCUCUUCCGAUCCUCUUGCCUAACAUAUCCAAAAAUCGAACCUCCCAGCUGGAAGGAAAGAGUCUGAGUUGUUUGUGAUCUGAACAUUUGAGUCAUUCCCUUUUUGAUAGUCUGUAAAUUAAGGCCCCGAAUUGAAACAAAAAUCUUUUAUAGUUUUUAUCCUGUCGCCAAAAACCCAAACAAACUGAUAUUGAUUGCAUUUAUCUCAUUAUUAUACAUUACUCUUGUUCGAUAGAAAUUUAAAAUAUUAUAUACAAUUAUGUUCUUAUUAAUAUAGGCGCAUGUAGUGACAAUGUUAUUAUAUAAAUUACCACGCUUAGUCAAACAAUAUGUGCUUUUAGGCCUAAUCGUUAGUUUGGCGCGCAAUUAAAAUUUUAAUUUCACUUGACUAUCAGCGAUGCUAGUCAAAAAGAAAUAACCUAGCACUGUAAUGAAUAAAUUUGCAGCUGAAGUAACAGUUAAAGUAAUCAUGCAUUU